UAGUCGGCUAGGAGUCUACUUCAGACAGACGGUGCACAAGCACCUUGGAACUCUGUCAGUAACAGGUGAGACAGACAGCAUCUAUUGACCUGUUGCCUUAUAGGAUAGACCUACACAGAUGAAUGAUUUACUAUACACAGUAAGAAUUGAUACCGAAUGGAAUUUGAAAAGCAAAAUGAAGUUUGGAUUGAUUCAGAUUAUGAGGAAGAGGAAACAGGUGAUUCCUCUGAUUGGCUGCAUGGCAUUGUCUACUGCUGGAGCCAUCUUUGCCUCCCUCUACUUCCUAUUUACAAAGAAUGAUGUCAUUUUAAAUGAAAGUAGAAUCCCUGAAACCUGGGAGGGAGUGGACCCAUCUAAACCACAGAAGCUGGCCACUAUCAACCAGAAGUGGAGGCCGAUUGAAGAACUGGAACAGGUGAAGAGCAUGACCAAGUAAUCUCGCUCGUGCGGGCUCCACCCUCUCCCUUUCCCUUUCCCCUCCCCCUCCAUCCUGAUUGGGAGCCCACCAAGUUGCCUACCGCCCCUUCCAUCAGUCGAGCGGAAUGACCAGCAAUUUCGACACAAACUAGAUUCUCUAAUACUGCACAAUAGCUGACUAUAAGUUUGACCAAAGCUAUUUGUUUGUGAAACAUAAUGUAUGUGUGAGGGUGAAAUAAGUGGGCAUGGGCAUGGCUUGUGUUAUUAAUGAGUUAUGAGGAGUGUGUGCCUGUGUGAUCCAAUCUAAAGCCAUGGCUGUAGGAUGACAAUGCCACCAUCAGAAAAAUUGCUUUAAAAAAGGUGGUCUUUCCAGCUAAAUAUAUUGUACUAUAAUAAUGCACUGAUAGUUCCUUCAGAAAGUAUUCAUACCCCUUGACUUAAGCAACAUUUUGUUGUCUUACAGCCUGAAUUAAAAAUGUAAAUUCAUAACUUCACCAUGCCCAAACAGGUAUUCAAUGUCUGCUUUUUUCAUUUUUACCCAUCUACGUCCUUUACCCAUCUAUGUCCUUAUUUGCGAGGCUUUGAAAAACCUCCCUGGUCUUUGUGGUUGUAUCUAUUUUUGAAAUUCAGUGCUUGGGACCCAGAUAAUUGUAUGUGUAGGGUACAGAAAAUCAUGUUUAACACUAUUAUUGCACACAGUGAGUCCAUGCAACUUAUUAUGUGAAUUGUUUAGCAAAUUUCAGCUUUUCAUGUUUUAUUCGUUUGUAGAAAUUUCAUACAACAAAAUUCCACUUUAAAAUUAUAUGUGUGUAGGCCAGUGACAAAAAAUAUAUACAUUUGAUACAUUUUAAAUUCAGCCUGUAACACAACAAAAUGUGGAGAAAGUUAAGGGGUGUGAAUACUUUCUGAAGGCACUGUAUUAUCUCAUUAUAAAAUCAUUGUUUAAGGAAAACAACUAUGACCACUGAUCUGACCUAUGACCCCUAAAAUGCCGAUACUGCACUCUGCCUUUGUAUGACCUUCAACAACUAAACUCAUCAAAAAAAGAAACUUCA